AUGAUUGCAAUAGAAGAGGUGUAUGAUAGGGGAACUAAAAGAUUGGUGGAUUUGCAAGAUGGCGUGCGUGUUGAAAUGUACGGGUAUCUCAAGAAGAUUAUUGUUGAUGAGGAAAAGUAUGGCUUGGUUGUUGUUCCGUUGAAUGCGUGUGAUGUUGAGAUUACAAUGAGUUUCGAAGAGGGCCACCCCAAGUUGGUAGGUAUGGUAGUAAGACUGUUGUGUAAAGUAUUUCACUUGGGCAGUGUCGAUGAGAGUGUCGAUGUGUAUGAUAAACAAUUGUGUUUGGUACGAAGUGUUUUUGCAAGGCGGGGUGGUGGGAGGGGCAAGUAUGUAGUGGAAGAGAUUGAUCCUAUUGAAGGGAGGGAAUUGAUAGAGGGAGGAUAUGAAUGUGUAAUUAGGUAUUUGCAAGAAUUGAUACAACGAGACGAGGAGUUCCCGUUGCAACGAUUGAGUGGUAGUAGUGCCCGGGAGAUGGGGAGAUUACUGGAGAUUGUAUUAGCCAAGCGGGAACGACUUCGAAUCCCACUUUCUGGAAUGCCGACGGUUAAGCCGGAAAAUGGGAUGAAUCCGUUGUUUAAUCGAAUGGAGGAGAUAGAUUCAUGCCACGAUUUUGAAGAAACCAAUGAAGUUGAGAUGAUUGGAUUACCGAAAAAAAGGAUACGAGUGGAGGAAGGAUUGAUGCAGAAGGCCAUAAAGGUGUUGGCGAGUAAGAAGUUGGAGGCUACGGUGACGUUGGAUUGUCGUAUUGUACGGAUGGAGCCUGGCAAGUUUUCGACGUUGCAAGAAUUGGAAGGCCGGGUGAUGAAACUUGGGAUUGUUUGUGAUACAUGGAAUGGCGAUGAAGUGAUGGAUCUUGUGAUGUAUGAUGCGGUGGGGAGGAUCCGGAGAUUGUUUGGAGCGACCAUUCAAGAUUCCGGGACGUUGGAGUUGUAUGCGUUGAAUCGGGAUGUUAGUGUGGUGAUAACGAAAAGUAAGGUACCGGGGGAGAUGGGCGAGCGAGUAUAUUGGCGAGUGGAUUCGAUUCGACCCAGGAGAGCGGGACGUACAGAGGAGCAGGAGCAGGAGCAGGAGCAGGAGCAGGGGCAUGUGCAAGAGCAAGAGCAGGAGCAAGAGCAAGAGCAUGUGCAAGAAAACAAACCAUUAUUGAAGAACCAAUUAAUCACCUUCAGUCAAUUGCGGGCUGGUACAGAUGCACGUUAUUACACAGUGAUUGGAUUGCUACUAUCGUGCGAACCAGAUCAAUUGCCCAACAGCAAGUACCACAAGCUGUGUUUCACCGAUUUCACAGUCAACACACAGGGAUACAAGCAAGCGUAUUUGGUGGACAACUACGUCAUCAGCUGGAGUAAACAACUCAAUGCAACCAAUAGCUUUAGAGUUCACAUGUACCAGAAUUUCUACGAGUUAUUUGAACGAGAAUUGCAAGAGAAAUGGUUUGCGACUCUGGGCAAGGGACAAGACGGAGGAUCCCUGGAUCAGCUGAAAGCUGCGAAUGGCAGCAAUGUUUCGUCAAAGGGCAUUGUUUGUGAGAUUUGCAUCAAGGCUGUGCUGAGAAACAACAAGCUGAAUUUGAUAGGGCGAGAAUGUAGAGUGGUUACUUUUGGGGCCGUGAAGGAGUUUAUAGGCGGGGAUGAACAGAGGAGGAAGAAUGUGAGCGAGUUGUACCGGGCGACGGUUAGGGAGGCUCCGCAGGCAGGGCUGACGCGGUGUUUCAAGAGUUAUUCGCACAGUUUCCCGGUGGUGUGGCGGGCGAGGCGGUGGUGCUGGAGGAGGGGCUGUUGCCGUGAAGGAGUGGAGCGAGUGGAGCGAGUGGAGCGAAAGAAGCGAGUGAAGCGAGUGAAGCGAGUGGAUCGCCACAGGCGCAGUGACGUCAUCGCAGCACUCCGAAAUGUAGGCUCACUUCUCCGGCCUGUGCGGGGUAGCGCGGGUAGCGCCGUAUAUAAGGCGACGGCUCGGACCAAUUGCCAUGGCAUCGGCACCGCCCUGUUCGCCAUUCUCCACACACAGAACCCCACGCCCCCACGCCCCCACGCCACCCCACACCCCACAAUGACCGAACCGGACCUCAGAGACCGUUUCAAGGACUACCACCAGUCCGUCGCAGACUACAACCGCAUUCUCGGCGACGGCCAGAACACCGCGCCGAUCUCCGCCACCGCCGCCACCGCCCCGGACACCCCCAAGCAGCACCAUGGUGCCUCCGGACAAGACUACCUGCGCCUGCUGGGCGACAUGGGCGCGCCGGACGACCACCAGGACGAGCCCGAGCUGCGCGCACGUGACACCGCCGCCGACACGGCCAUGUUGGCAGGCAGCCCUCUGGCCACGCCGCUGGCCAGCCGGGCCGACUCGCUGCCGCCGACGGUCGCCACGGUGUGCUCGGCCCAGUGUGGUCCGACGGAGUCGCCGGCGCUGGCCCCGCCGGAGCACUCCACUCCGGCCGAACGCACCCCUCGCACGAUGCCCCACGAGCUGCACGAGCUGCACGUGCCGCCGGCCCGCCGGCCCAGCCUGCUGCAGCGUGUGCGGCGCUCGCUCUCCCGUGUGCAGUGA